AUGCUGAUAUCAGGGCUAGAUCCCCAAGAGUUUCUACAUUUAGACAAGUCAUUGUGCAUGCGGGAGUUGCUGCGGAUGCUGACGCCGGAGGAUCAGCAGGAUCCAGAAGCCCAACCCGUGGUGGAUCUGCUGGGGCUGGAAGAGACGGAUAAACCUGUCGAGAACGUCGAAAAGGAGGAAGUGGUCCUUGAGGACACUAAUCCGUUUAAAGAGAUGUUGAAUGCGUAAUAUGUAAAAAUCGCGUCAGAGAGAGUGCCAUUUUCGUACCCGCGUUUUAUAUGGGUCUCUUGGCAAUAGAGAAAUUGUAAAAAGAA